AUGGUACUGGACUUCAGUCAGACCAUUAAUCGCUUCACAUACCUAGACGCGUAUCCGUUACCACGACUGGAUAAAAUGAUCGAAGAAAUUUCCCGUCAUGCUGUCUUUAGCACCUUAGACCUAUUGAGUGCUUACCAUCAAGUUUCAAUCAGUGAGCAAGACAAACCGUAUACGGCUUUUGAAGCAUGCGGAGAGCUGUUUCAGUUCCGUCGCAUUCCUUUUGGUGUAACCAACGGAGUAACAUGCUUUCAACGUACUAUUGACUAUAUAAUCAAGUCUAAGAACCUAAGUGGCACCUACGCUUACAUCGACAAUGUCACUAUUUGUGGGACUACCCAAAGUGAGCAUGAUCAGAACCUCAAAUAUUUCCAUGAAAAAAGCAUCAAAGCAGCCAAACAAAUACGCCUCGGCUAUAAAGUUCCUGAAGGAAUUAUCAAACCAGAUCCUGAACGAAUGAGACCUAUUCCCCUCAUCCCUAGUCCUCAGUCCUAUCGUCUCAUCCAUAUGACACUAAACCCCAACAACGAGUUGUUGCGACGUCCAAUGUGUCUUCCCCUCACACGUAAAGUCGUUCUGGAGGGGUGGUUAAUGAAACGUGGUGAACAUAUCAAAAACUGGAGACGACGUUUCUUCAAACUUCGUGAAGAUGGUACGUUUUAUGGAUACAAAUGUCAACCAAAAGAUGAUACGGCAUUGCCACUAAAUAACUUCACCGUCCGGGAUUGCCAAAUAAUCUGCCUCAACAAACCGAAGCCAUUUACUUUCCUCAUCCGAGGUCUACAAUGGACCAAUAUUGUGGAGCGUCUGUUUUUCGUUGAAACCGAACAAGAACGAAGCGAAUGGCUAGGUGCUAUUCAAACGGUGGCCAAUCGUCUUCGAUCUACUGCCGAGGAGCCGAUUUCGAUUCUCUCCGUUAGCCUGGACGAGGAUGUCGCUUUGGAUAUUCCACAGAGACUUGUCAGAGUUUUGGGAAAAGGGACGUUUGGUAAAGUAGUCCUCUGCCAGGAGCGAGAUACGGGAUAUUUUUACGCCAUGAAGAUUUUGAAGAAGUCCGUUCUGGUAGAGAAGGAAGAGGUCGCUCACACCUUGACCGAAAACCGGGUGCUUCAACAAUGUCAUCACCCGUUUAUGACUCAGCUGCGCUAUUCGUUCACAACUCCGGAUCGUCUUUGUUUCGUGAUGGAAUAUGUGAACGGCGGCGAGCUGUUUUACCACCUAUCCCUUGAGCGACGUUUCUCAGAGGAUCGAACACGGUUCUACGCGGCAGAGAUCACUUUGGCCCUCGGCUAUCUGCACACGCAAAAUGUGGUUUACAGGGAUUUGAAGCUGGAAAACCUGCUGUUAGAUAAGGACGGUCACAUCAAGAUUGCUGAUUUCGGUUUGUGCAAAGAAGAGAUGAGUUACGGGACUAUGACCAAAACGUUUUGUGGUACUCCGGAAUACCUGGCCCCCGAGGUCCUGUUAGAGAGCGACUACGGUCGCGCCGUAGACUGGUGGGGUCUCGGAGUCGUAAUGUACGAAAUGAUGUGUGGGCGACUCCCGUUCUACUCCACUGAUCAUGAGAUUUUGUUCGAGUUGAUUCUACAAGAAAAGGUCGUAUUCCCUUCUCAUUUAUCUCUGAUUGCACAAGAUAUUCUUGCAAAGCUUUUGAUCAAAGACCCGUCUUCUCGUCUUGGCGGUGGACCACGUGAUGUACUCGAUGUUAUGGCCCAUCCGUUCUUUCUUUCCGUGGACUGGGAUAAGUUGAUUCGAAAAGAUGUCAUUCCGCCAUGGAAACCGGACGUGACCGAUGAGCUGGACACCAAGUACAUCCCAGAAGAGUUCCAAAACGAGUCGGUAGCUUUAACACCUCCAGAUCAGAUUGGACUCAUCCCCUUCUUUGUACACAGGAUUGCUCGUGUGUCACUGUACGUGUUUUUCGCAAACUUUGUGGUUCACUUUCCUCUUCGUCUUUCUGCAGCAUCGCAAACUUUGUGGUUCACUUUCCUCUUCUUCGUCUUUCCGCAGCGGAAUCUCUCCAGCCUAAUGAAGGAUGCAUCUUCCAUCAAUCGCCAUCAAUUUUUGUCGUCGGGUGCUUUAUAUUCGACAAACCGUGCUCUCAUUCUCCGCACAUAUGCCUCUACACCACAGUCGGAAGCUGUGAAAGCAGUUGGAGAUUUAGUUCAAACCCAUCGUGUCGUGCUUUUCAUGAAGGGCAAUCCAGAUGAGCCUCGUUGCGGUUUUAGCAAUGCAGUCUGUCGCAUCCUCGAGAUGCACGGUGUUUUGGACAAGGCCAGAAUAGCGAAACAGCCGGAUUUGUUUGCGUCCUACGAUGUGUUAGAAAACGAAGAAUUGCGGUCCGCGGCAAAAACGUAUUCUGACUGGCCCACAUUCCCUCAAGUCUAUUUCGAUGGUGAAUUUGUUGGUGGAUGUGAUAUCCUUUUGGACAUGCACAAAUCGGCGCCGGUCUCCAUUGGAGUUCCUCAAGGCUCCGUAUUGGGACCAGUGCUGUUUCUGAUCUACGUCAACGAUCUUCCAGAUGUCCUUGCAAGUCCACGUCUACUUUUUUCGGACGACUUGAAAUCUUGGAGUUCCAAUGCCAGUGCCCUACGAAUAGAUGUAGACGCUGCCAAGCCGUGGUCAUUGGACUGGCGCCUUCCUCUGAAUGAUGAAAAGUGCGUCCAUGUGUCGUUUGGAGGAGACUCAGCGAAUGCCUUCGUUAUGCACGUUGAGAAAGGACCAGAAAACAUCAUGAGGAUAGGUGCCAAAAAGGAUUUGCGCAUCUGA